CAGAGGGUGUUGAGGCUUUGGCUCAAGAUGGGGUCUCCUCUUUGGGGUCCAAGUGCUAGGCUGCCCUGGAGGGUUGUUUGGUCUCUAUGGGGACGAGCUGUGUCAAGAUUACACUUGGACUUGACCUCACGGAAUUUUGAAGAAGACGAGGAGAUGCUAGUUCUGACUCACAACGAUGCAUUGAGUCAAGCCUACACUGAGGGUGAGAGAUUGCCCAGUAAAAGCAUCAAACGCCAACAUAAUACAGAGAAUGAUGACAUCAAAAGAAACCAAUCAUCCACAGAGGAAACCAGGCUGGUUUUCACACAUAAAGAUGACAAAACCCAGAAGCAAAAAAGCAAAAUUUCAAAAUACACAUUCCAUGCCAGCCCACAAGGUCAAAUGUUUACAGAAACAGAAGAUUCUGAAUGUCUCUCUACAUCUGAAAUCAUUGUUUCUGCUGAUUCCUGCUUGUUCAAGACCUCGAGAGGCAGUAAUGAGAAAAAGCAGUUGUCUGAGAAGCAAGCUAACAAUAGAAAGACAAACCUAAACCAGAAUCAGGAGAAAAGAAUCAGUUUCUCAGUGAUGCAUAGACCUCCUUGCGGGAGACACCCAGAAGACAUAAAAAAGGAAAAUGAAGAUGUAAAAAUGGUGAACGCCUUUGAUCUCUUAACUUCACUUGAACAAGAAUGUGCCACGACAAGUCUGGCCACACCAGUUCAGAGCCGCAGAACCAAUUCCAAAGCUCUGAAUUCCUGUUCCACCAUCACUGCCUGGGAGGCAAGCUGGAAUGUCACGAAUGCCAUACAGGGUAUAUUUGUAUUGGGAUUGCCCUUUGCUCUGGUUCAAUCGGGUUAUAUGGGCUUGGUGGUGCUGGUGCUCUCAGCCUGGGUCUGCAACCACACAGGAAGGAGUUUGGUGGCCUGUUUGUACGAAGAGGAACACAGAAAAGAUUCCAACGAUGUGUCAAAGGUCAGAGUCCGACACAGCUACCAGGAUAUCAUGGAUGCAUGCUGUAAAGGACUGUGGCCAAAUUGGUCAGUAGUGGGAGGAUGGCUGAUCAAUUUAGCCCAGGUAAUUGAACUGCUGAUGACCUGCACCCUGUAUCUGCUCGUCUCCACUACUUUGCUGUGUGACAGUCUGUCAGGAGUAGCUCUUCCUAGAUCUGUGUGUUCUCUGAUGUCACUGAUGUUCCUUCUGCCCUGCUUGCUUCUGACGGAUCUCAGACCAGUCUCCACCUUUAGUCUGCUAUGCUCCUUGGCCCACAUACUGAUAAGCCUAUUAGUAAUACUGUACUGCCUGAGUUGUGCCAGAUACUGGUCCUGGUCCUCCCUCUCUCUGUCUGUGGACCCAGAAGACUUCAUUGUCUCAGUAGGUGUCAUCAUCUUCUCCUACACCUCUCAGAUCUUCCUACCUUCCCUAGAAGGCAGCAUGGAGGAUAGAGGGCAGUUUGACACCAUGUUGGGUUGGACCCAUGGAAUUGCAUGCAUCAUGAAAACCACUUUUUCACUACUGGCGGUGUUGACUUGGGGGUCAGAGACCAGUGAAGUUAUCACUGACAACCUGCCCCUUAACCUUCGGCCUAUUGUCAAUCUGUGUCUCCUAGCUAAAGCUCUUCUUUCCUUCCCUCUGCCCUUCUACUCUGCUGCUGAGAUUCUUCAAACAUGGUUUCUUAGAGAUGCUUCCCUAUCAUCUUCUUCCAAACAGACAAGUCAUGGCAUUUCUUGUCCAACUCUCAUGGUGCGUGGCGCCUUGUUGGUGUCGUCAUACCUACUGUCCAUGCUAGUGCCCAGGUUUUCUCUGCUAAUGGGCCUGACUGGGAGUGUGACCGGAGCAGCAAUGACACUCAUACUUCCAUCUCUAUUUCAUCUCAAAUUGCAGUGGAGGCGGCUCACUGUGCAGGAUCGGAUUAUAGAUGUGGCUAUACUGAGUCUGGGGGUUAUAUGUAGCGUUGCUGGUGUGAUUUGUGCUGUUAAAGGACUGUUAAAGGAUCUUUAA